AUGAAAAUGCGAUCGCAGUGGUCAACGGGUUUAAUGCAUUCUGCAAGAAAUCUCCUCAUGGUGUUUCUGCUCAAAUUGCUGGAGGGAGCUACUGUAAUCUGCGACCCUGUGCAGCGCUGCAUUGAACGAUGGAUGCGUGUAAUAAAGAGAUGGUUGAUAGCGUUAUGGACAGCUCGGAGGAAUGUGUGAACAGUGAUGAAGAACAAGACAAGACCAAAGAAUGGGAUGAUUUAUCUGACAAGGAGAGUGUGGCUUCUAGCGACUCUCCAGUAGAGGAGGUGUCCAUCGAUGAUCUAGAAACUCUUCUGGAUGAGUUUACAGAUGGCUCUGAUAAUGAUGACUGGUAUCCAGAGGUCACUCCACAAAAGAGGAAGAGACCCGGACUGUCUUCUGUAUCGCCAUCUCCAGCAAAGUCUCGCCGAUCUGGAUCACCUGCCUCUGUGCAAAGUGGCAAAAGCAAAGGUAGGAAAAGCAGUGUGAGUCGAUCCCUACCUUUUUCCUUGAGCAUCUUAGAACAGAAGUGGAAAAGUGCAGAUGAGCCUGAUGUUGAGCCGACACAGCCAACAUUCAGACCUAAACAAAAACCUGGCCCACGGCUGGUCUCCACUGCAUCAUGCAGUCCUCUGCAGUAUUUUGAGUUGUUCUUUUCAAAAACAGUCCUGCGGACAAUUUUAGCAAACUCAAAUGCAUACGGGGCCAUGCGCCAGGAAGGCACGAAGAAGCCAUGGGAGGACAUUUCAAUUAAAGAUCUGAAGUCGUUCAUAGCACUGGUGAUUUACAUGGGUUUGCUGAAAUGCUUCAAACUGACAGAUUAUUGGAGGAAGUCUCAGAUAUAUAAUCUUCCCUAUCCGUCUCAAAUCAUGUCUGGCAGAAAGUUUAUGACCAUCAGUAAAGCUCUUCAUCUUAGUGAUCCCAAAGUGGAUGCAGAGAAUGACAAGAAGAGGGGAACACCUGAAUACGACCGCCUGUGUAAGAUCAAACCGCUGUACCAGGACAUGAGGGACGCCUGCAGAGCCUCUUUCCAUCCCUCUCAGAACAUCUCCAUUGAUGAACGAAUGGUGGCAUCGAAGGCUAGAAAUGGACUCAAACAGUACAUGAAGAACAAACCUACAAAAUGGGGGUACAAACUUUUUGUACUGGCAGAUUCCCGCUGUGGCUACACAUGGGACUUCUUCAUUUAUGAAGGAAAGAUCAAUUCAGAGGAGAGCAAAGGCAUUAGUUAUGAUUCUGUCAUGAUUCUGGCAAAUGAGAAGUUGUUGGGAAGCGGCUACAAGCUGUUUGUUGACAACUUUUACACCAGUCCCAAGCUCUUCAGAGACCUGCUGCAUAAAAAGAUCUGGGCUUGUGGCACCGUUCGCGCAAACCGCAUUGGCCACUUAAAGACACAGGCUCCUCGUGGCAAUAUUCGCUGGUUUAGGGAAGACGAUCUGCUGUUUGUUGAGUGGAAGGACAGGAGAGACGUGCUGAUGUGCUCCACCUUUCAUAAAGCCUUUAAUGGGGACUCCAUUAAGAGGAAUGUGAAAGGAGCCGAUGGAGUUUGGGCCAUUCAGGAUUUCCCCGUUCCAGCCGCAGUGCUGGAUUACAACAAGCACAUGGGAGGAGUGGAUCUGUCUGACGCACUCAUUUCAUUUUACACAGUUUUACAUAAAACAAGAAGGUGGUAUCGGUCCUUUUUUUACCACUUUGUGGACAUCGCUGUAGUCAAUGCCUUCAUUUUGCACCAGCAGAUGGCCAAGAUGAAUAACCAGAAGCCUCUGACUCAGAAAGCCUUUCGGGAGGCACUUGUUGCAGAGCUUGGAGGAACAGGACCUGCAUCCGCCCCCGCACAAAUACGCCCCACUCUUUCCCCUUACUCCCAUUUGCCCAAGUACAUCAGUGGGGAUAGCAGCAUUGGAAGGCGAAAAUGCAAAAUGUGCAGCUACAAAACUCCAGUCAUGUGUGUGACUUGUGAUGUGCCGCUGUGCUUCGUUCCCAAGCGUGACUGUUUCACCAGCUGGCAUUACCCAGAUGACAGCAGUGAGAACGAGGCAGAGUGAAGGCCUAAGUCCUGGGAUUUUGAGUCUAGUGUGCACUAGGAUCACUAUCCGAAACGCAUAGAUGAGAGCAAAAUCAAACACCUGAAAAACAAUACUCAGAACUGGAGAAUGAAUGUAGCAUAGUAAUGUACGGUGGCCCAGUGGUGCACAACACAACAAAAUUAAAAACGCAAACAAAAGCUCACAACACAACGAAGUUUAAAAAGCAAACAUAAGCUCACAACGAAAUAAAAAGCAAACAUAAGCUCACAACACAACAAUGUUAAAAAAGCAAACAUUCACACAACAAAAUUUAAAAAUCAAACAUAAGCUCACAACUCAACGAAAUUAAAAAAGCAAACAUAAGCUCAAACCACAAAGAAAUAAAAAAAACAAAAAAAAAUGAGCUCACAACACAACGGCAUUAAAAAAGCAGACAUAUGCUCACAACACAGCAAAAUUAAAAAAGCAAACAUAAGCUCACAAUACAACGAAAUAAAAAACAAAAACAAACAAGCUCACAACACAACAAAAUUAAGCCACAACACAACGGAAAUGCUCCGGACCACUAGGGGGCAGUUGGUUCGCAGAAACGGGCAACUGUGCACAAGAGCAGAGCUAAACUGUUCUAAUCGAAAAUAAUAUUGAUUUAUUUUCUGCUCAGUUCAUGAAUCGAUACAUUAAGAUUACCAGGAUAUCAAAACAUAGACGUAGUGUCUGUGACGUCACCCAUAGGUUUCUGAAGAGCGUUUUUGAAGCUCAAAGUGGGCGGAGCCGGCCGUCGCCAUCUUGGCAGCGUGUCACCGCACAUCAAUCCCAGAUAAUCGAAAAUGG